CCGGAAGCGCAUCCGCGGCGCCACUGUUUACUCCCUACCCACAAUCCCACUCUCCUUCCUUUUCGACAUCGUCCCUAGUUGAAGAUGGCCCCGGCAAAGAAGGGUGGCGAGAAGAAGAAAGGCCGUUCUGCCAUUAAUGAGGUGGUAACUAGGGAAUACACCAUCAAUAUCCACAAGCGGAUCCAUGGCAUUGGCUUCAAGAAGCGUGCUCCAAGAGCUCUGAAGGAGAUUCGUAAAUUUGCAGUGAAAGAGAUGCGAACUCCCGAUGUGCGCAUUGACACAAGGCUCAACAAAGCAGUCUGGGCAAAAGGAGUAAGAAAUGUUCCAUACCGUAUACGCGUGCGCUUGUCCAGAAAGCGUAACGAGGAUGAGGAUUCUCCUAACAAGCUGUACACAUUGGUCACAUAUGUGCCAGUCACAACUUACAAAGGUCUACAGACUGUCAAUGUGGAUGAAAACUAAAUGUUUUUUUCGCUGUUAAAAAUAAAUUUGUUAAAACU